AUGGGCGACGAUGGCGGCUCGAAUUAUCCACGAGCAUCCAGACAGUUCCACUGAACAAAAACGGAGAGCAUCACGCCUGAAAAAGAAACAGAAAGUGAAAAUAGUAUCUCCAGCAAUGAGGAUUUUGAGGUUGUCAAUAAGGAAUCGCCACCAGGUGGGAAGCAAGAGCACUCAGCUGUUGAAGACGAAACGCCAUCACAUGUUGUUGAGCAUGUUGUUAAAACCGUUGUCAAACGACGUCGAGCCCUGCCAGGGAUCUUCGCAAUUUUGGAAAAGCAACAUGAAGUGAAGGAUGUGGGAACAUCAACAAGAAAGAAACGUGUCGAAAAGAGUGUCAGCUCACGGGAUCAGCCAACGCUGAGGACAAAUAGCAGUGCUGAG